AAUAAAAAUCUACAUGAUAACAAAAUUCUCGUAAGAUAAAGCAAAAUGGCGACUAGAUAAACCCUAUUACUUUGUACCGUUGCUCACACAUUUCUUUCCUCUGCGACAAUUUUUCUUUGUGAUAAUAAAGUAAAGCAAUGGCAAUGGUAAGCAACAGAAUGCCUCUGAGAAUGCUCUCAGAGAGGCUGGCCGCUAGCCGUUUGGCGCGAUUGUCCUCUUCUGGCAAAGUCUUCAGCGAAGAAGAAAAAGCUGCUGAAAAUGUUUACAUCAAGAAAAUGGAGCAGGAAAAGAUAGAGAAACUUGCACGUCAGGGUCACAAACCAGAGGGACAGAAAUCUGCCUCAGAUGGCACACCUGGAAGCCAGUCCUCUGAAAGUGUAUCGAGGGACAAGACAAAAAACUAUGCAAUUGUUGCAGGUGUUGUUGCUGUUGCGACUAGCAUCUGGUGGUAUACCUCAUCAAAGCCUAAAGAAAAAGAACAUGCCUAGAUUUUAUCAUUUGUCAAUAAUCUUCUAUAGUUGACUAGAGUUGGCUUUGGCUCCAAGGGUUUGUGAAUAAAACAGGGCCUGGGAUAUUGAAGUAUGCUGAGGAUAACAAACUUUUUUACCAUUUUGGUAACUCAGACAUUGUAAAUAAUAAAUCUGGAGGUACAUUAAAAAAUGUGAUAUUUUGACCGUAAUCAUCUAUGUUGAAAUUUCCGUUUAUUGAAAAUUAAAGAAUGUUAAUUAAA